AUGUGGCCUUUAGUUCUCAUUCUGUUCUCCUUGUGUCAGAAUUUGAGAGCUAUUGAUGCAGUCCCAGAAAAAGGGACCUAUUGCUCCAAGAACCAAGUGGCUUUUAACCACUCAUGCUAUGAGUUUGUGGGCCAAAAGCGCUCUUUUGCCAGUGCCCAGAACUGGUGUGAGAGGCAGGGGGGCCAUCUUAUCUUCAUCAACAGUCCAGAAACCCAACAGUUCCUGCAAAGAAACAUCCCUAAAGAAAGGGAAUGGUGGAUAGGACUUACCUGGAAUUAUGCACGGAAUGGAACCACAGAAGGGUGGAUGACUUGGCUGGAUACGUCCAACAUAAGCUACAGCCACUGGCAUGAGGACCAGCCCAUUCCCUUCUUAGCCAGGUGUGGCUACAUUAUGAAAAAUUCCCAGUAUAAAUGGGCUGCAAUGGAAAACUGCACUCAGGAGUUUGCCUUCAUUUGUGAAUUUGAGUUUGGCCAGAGCCUGGCUUGUGAAGGUUCCAACGCCACCGUGCACUGUGGCUCCGGAGAAGUCAUCCAGAUCGAUGACAGCUUCUAUGGACGGCAGACGCCUCAUUACUGCACCACGGAGGCAGCUCUGCCUGCAGAGCUCGAGGAAGAAUGUGGUGGGAUCAGAGUCCGAGACGAAGUAGCAGGACAAUGCCAUGGGCUCCAAGCAUGCCAGGUGGCAGCAGAUGGGGCAUUCUUUGGAGAUAUGUGCCCUUCUCUUGGCAGUUACCUUUGGAUCCAAUAUCACUGUGUAGAAGGUCUGCAAGUGAGGGUGCCUGGUGUGUCUUUCAUCUCUGACAAUAUCACUAUCUCUCUGAUAUGGCUGCUCUCACCUUAUACUGGAAACCUGUCCUGCAUCAUCAACACUGGUGAUGGCACAGCUAUCGAUCCAUAUUAUCCCCCCAGUAGCUUGUCUAGCAAUGUGACUCAUCGAUUUACAUCUCCUGGAGAGUUUACCAUUUUCGUGGAGUGUACAGCCAGUGAGUGGCAUGUGAGUGCCCAGAGGCAAGUGACUAUCUGGGACAAGAUGGAGAGCCUCAGGGUGACUGGUUGUUAUAAUCGAUGGGAGUCUGGAAACAGCUCCUCCUGUAGAACCCUCUAUGGAGAUGUUUUAUGGAUCCAAGUGGAACUUGAUGGAGGAAUGGGAGUAACUUAUAUGAUAUUGUCAGAUAACAUCACUCUGACAGAAUCUGCCAUCCAGAAAGGAGUUAUCCCGCAUAAUCUGACCCUGGUCAGCACUGCACAGCCAUUGCUCCAUCCAGGAGUCCAUCAUCUGGAAAUUCGGGCAGUCAGCAACAGCACCACCUCCACACUUUCCAGAAACCUCACCAUUUACAUCAUAGAGCCCCUGUCUGGUCUUCAGGCCUUCUGGGUUUCUGAUCACUUGGAGCUAGGACAGGAUCUUCUCAUUAAUGUGUCUGUGGCCCAGGGGUUCCCUGAGGAGCUGACGUUUGAGGUGGCAGGGGCCAGUGGAAACUUCUCCUAUGUGAGAGAGUGUUUGGGGAAAGAAUCCAGGGUGUACAGCAUCCCUAUGCCAGUAGAAGGAACCUUUCUGGUCACAGUGCUUGUUCAAAACAUCUUCUCCAGUCUGAGCUUGGCAAUUGGGAGAGUCAGUGUAUCCCCUAAGGAGCCUGUCCACAAGGCAACUUCUGACAACCAAAAGCUAUCCAAGAUGAACUCCCAGAAGGAAAAUAAGGAGAAAGGGAAAAACCAGCUGUAUGUUAAGCCCAGUCGGUUUGUGGAUCCUUUCACGGCGGUGACUCUGGGCUGGCCAGAUGACAACAAGAGUCUGACCUUUGCGUGGUCGUGUGGACGGUGUUGGCCUCAGUGGCGGGAAUGUGUCCGGCAGCAGCUGCUCUUCACAGACCAAAGGGAGAUGCUGAUGGAGCCUGCCUGCCUGCCUCCUCCCAACUCCGCCAUCACCCUCCGCGUCCUGGUACACGGCGUCCAGGGAGAACGGUGGCAAGACGAACAGUGUUUAUAUGUGACAGCAGAGCAGAAGCUGCACCCUCAAAUCAGUUGUGAAAAGAAUUGCAAGCCAGUGAAUGUGAGUGAAGACGUCCUGCUGAGGGCCACUUGUGGUGAUGGCCAACAGUCUGUGACAUAUAGCUGGUAUUUAGAUAUCUCCUUCCAGGAAAAGGUGGAACCCCUACCUCCGGUCUGUGGUCUCAGUGGAUUUAGGCCAAGCUCCUUAAAGCUGCUACAGAGAAACACCCCCAUCUUGCUAAUGAACAGCUCGUUCCUGUCUGAACUCCAGGCCUCAACCACUGGUAUAGUUCAAAUUAAAGUUAUAGCAAUGACCAAGUGGGCCUAUGGAGAACAGAUCUAUGUCAUCAGCACUCUUUAUCCUCCUGAGGUUCCAGCCUGUACUACCAUUCCAGAGCAGGGGACCAUUCUGACAAGUUUUAGGAUCUCUUGCACCACAUCUGUAGAACCUGGCUUGCUCAUCUAUUGUUUCUGUCUGAAAUCAGAUUCAUGCCUCUACUGUGGUCAUGAGUCAGAACUCCUAUCAGCUUAUCUGCCACUUGGAGAAGCAGAAAAUAACUUUAUCCUGAAGAUUCUCAUUUCUGUUGCUAAUAAGGCUGGAGACACAGUUCAUACCCAUGUGGUAGUCAAGGUAGAACAAGAAGAUACAAUCAAGGGAAAUGGAACACUUCAUGCAUUGGUGUCAGAGAAGAUAAGCGACAUUCUUAUAGGAGAUAACAGCAGCACGGCACUUGUCCAGUUGUCUAAGUCAGUGGCCUCUAUCUUGAAUCUAGGGGUCAAGGACAAAGGCUUCCCUCCAUCUCUGAGAGCCAACUCUGCACAAGAGGUUAGAGAGCUCUUGUUGAAGACCCUGGCUUCUAUCCCUGUUGACGAAAUGCAGCAGGUUUUGGGGAUGGCAGAGGCACUUAAAGAUCUCACCUGGCACCAUGAAGAGCUCUCCCUUUCAGCCCAGCUGGUGGCCAGCCACAUUCUUCAGAAUGUCAGCAGGUCCCUGGCAAUAGGGAUGUCUAGUCCUGAGGAUGACACCGGCAGACAGAAGCGCCAGAUGAUGGCCACACACCUGUUCCAUGCAGUGGGAAACGUGCUUGAAGCAUCGAGGAGCCAAGAGAUUGAAGAGCCACUGGGCUCUGGUGCCAGCCAGGUGAUUGUAGAGCUGCUCAGUGCCCUGGAGAAUCUACAGAGUGCUCUCUUGCUAGGAAAGCCCCCAAGACACCAUCCCACCAUGUUGAGUUUACCUUCUAUCUCCAUGUAUAUCAACAGGGUGCAACCACAAGGUCUGGAUGGUGCUUCCUUUCAUUUCAACAUGAGCAACUCUGCUGCCUUCACUCUGCCCAGCAUUGUCUCCUUCAAAUCCUUGGGGAAUCAUGAUGAACCUGUGGACGUAAGGAUGGUGAGUUUUUCUGAGAAUCCCUUCCCUGCAAGGAGCAGCUUUGAUAUUCAAGGGAGUGUUGGAGGCCUUCAUCUGACUAGCCCUGAGGGCCAGCUCAUCCCAGUGAGGGAUCUGAAAGACAAUAUUGAGAUAGUGUUGCCUCGAUUUACAAAUUUAAAGGAUGCACAGACUAUACUGAAUCUGACAACUACAGGCACUUUGCAAGUGAAUAUGACCUCUGGAAAUGCUUCUCUGGUGAUCCACCUUGAGUGGGACUUUGAUCACCCACUUAUACUGUGCCUGGGCUAUGGCUACUAUCCCAAUGAGACCAACUAUGAUGUCAAAACUCACCUUCACCCAAAGAAUGAUUUUAUAGGUCAGCUGGCUACCUGGAUCCUAAGAGCUGAAGAGCUGCCUUUUGGAGAAGGAACUUAUUAUGUGAAAGUGAUUCCUACAGCUGAGCUGGAUCCAGCAGCCCAUCACAAUGUCACUGUUAGCAUCACAUGUUUCAUUUCCCAGUGCGUAUUCUGGGAUGAGCUCCAGGAGGACUGGAGCACUGAUGGUUGCCAGGUGGGUCCCCAGACUACCCUUUAUAGCACCCACUGCCUCUGCAACCAUCUCACCUUCUUUGGAAGCACCUUCUUUGUGAUGCCCAACAUCAUUGAUGUGAGCCAAACGGCUGAGCUCUUUGGCACCUUUGUGAACAAUCCUGUGGUUGUGACCACCGUGGGCUGCCUCUUUGUGGUGUAUGUGAUGGUAGUGGUCUGGGCAAGAAGAAAAGACAUUCAGGAUAAUGCCAAGGUGAAGGUCACAGUGCUAGAGGACAACGAUCCCUUUGCCCACUACCAUUACCUGGUGACAGUCUUUACUGGCCACCGGCGGGGAGCAGCUACCACCUCCAAGGUGACAGUCACACUGUGUGGAGUGGAAGGAGAGAGUGAGCCCCACCACUUAUCAGACCCAGAUACCCCAGUUUUUGAGCGAGGAGGUGUGGAUGUCUUCUUGCUGGCUACUCUAUUUCCACUUGGGGAACUGCAGAGCAUCCGACUGUGGCAUGAUAACUCUGGAGACAGGCCAUCCUGGUACGUCAACCGUGUAUCAGUCCAUGACUUGACACUGGAUCACAAAUGGUAUUUCCUCUGUAAUUCUUGGUUGUCCAUUGAUGUUGGCGACUGUGUCCUAGACAGGAGGUUUCCAGUGGCCACAGAGCAAGAUAUGAAACAAUUCAGUCACCUGUUUUUCAUGAAGACCUCUAAGGGCUUCCAGGAUGGACACAUUUGGUAUUCAAUCUUCAGCCGCUCCCCUCGAAGCUCUUUUACAAGGGUUCAGAGGGUGUCCUGUUGCUUCUCUCUGCUCCUCUGCACAAUGCUGACCAGCAUCAUGUUUUGGGGGGUCCCCAAAGACCCUGCAGAGCAGAAAAUGGACUUGGGUAAAAUUGAAUUCACUUGGCAGGAAGUGAUGAUUGGUUUGGAAAGCUCCCUCCUUAUGUUCCCCAUCAACCUACUUAUUGUUCAGAUCUUCCGGAACACAAGACCUCGGACACCCCAAAAUGAGAAAACUGGGAAGAGUCCUGUGUCCCCACGGCUCCCUCCUACCCCAGAGGCUGCACAGGAGGCCCUCCUCACCCCUGAGACUGUAACAAAGGAUAUUCGGAGAAUUGUCAGUUCACUGCUUAAAACUCUGAAGAUUUCAUCACUUGAUUCACAUUCAGAUUUGGGGAAAUUGAUGGAUAUCAAUAAACUAUUGACUUUAAUAGAAGAGAUCAUUUGCUCACAGAACAAAACUGGGAAGGAUUUUAAUGUGGAAAGCAGGAAAAAAGAGGAUUUCUCUAUCCUCACCCUUAGAUCUGUCAACUUAAAAGAGCAAACCAGAAUCCCCAGAACUAAGAAAGAGAUAAAGAAUUGGCUCCAGAGCAGUGACUACAGUCAUUAUCUCCUUAUGCAUCUUCAACAUGUAGAGAAAGAACUUCGACUUCUGGGGCCUCAUGAUUUCCAGGAUCCCAAGUGCCAUGCCCAGGCAAUGGGGCAAAUCGAGACUCUGAAAAGCCUUCUGAGGAACCUGGAUAAUUCCCAAGAACCAACAACCAUGAGAGACCAGUCCACAGUGAGAAUCACUGGGUCCAACAAGCAAGGUUCUGCUAGCCCAGGCCUGCCCUGGUGGUUUGUCCUCAUUGGCUGGCUGCUUAUUGUGAGUACCAGUGGUACAGCAGCCUUCUUCACCAUGCUCUACGGGCUGCACUACGGGAAGGACAACUCCAUCAAAUGGCUUCUUUCCAUGGCAGUCUCAUUUGUGGAAAGUGUUUUCAUCACCCAACCCCUGAAGGUCCUGGGAUUUGCUGCCUUCUUUGCCCUGGUCUUGAAGAAAGUAGAUCAAGAGGAAGACUAUUCAGCACCUGUAGCUGGACACCUAUGUAGCCCAGAAUCAGACAUUUUCUUCCGAGCCCGUAGAGACAGUCAAAGUGGCAUCUACCAACCGCCUAUUGAUGCUGAUGUUGAGAAGAUGAAGAAGAAUCGCCUUAAGGAGCAGAAAGCAUUUGCUUUAAUUAGAGAAAUAUUAGCUUAUGUAGGAUUCUUAUGGAUGCUUUUGUUGGUUGCUUAUGGGCAGAGAGACCCCAAUGCCUACUACUUUAACAGGCACCUAGAAAACAGCUUCUCUACAGGACUUCAGGGUGUGCUCAGUUUCCAAGAAUUCUUUAUGUGGGCCAAGACCACAUUAGUAAGCAACUUGUAUGGUUCAUACCCAGGCUUUAUCACAGAUGGAAAUUCAAAGCUAGUCGGCAGUGCCCGGAUUCGUCAAGUCAGAGUCCGCAAUGAUUCCUGCCCUAUCACCCAGGAGCCGUGGGAUUUUCAUGAGUGUCAUGUGCCAUAUUCCCUGGAAGCUGAAGAUAUGUCUGACUAUGGUGAAAGUUGGAAUGGCUCUGGUUGCAAUGAAAGCUCUAACUUUUCCCAGGCUUGGCAGUAUCAAAGUCAGACCCAGCUACGAGGUCAACCCAUCUGGGGCAAACUCACAAUUUAUCGGGGUGGAGGCUACACAGUACAUUUGGGAACAGAUCCAAAGAAUGCAUCAAGGGUUCUGGAGUAUCUCUUCAACAAUACCUGGCUGGACACCUUUACUAGGGCAGUGUUUGUAGAAUUUACUGUCUAUAAUGCUAAUGUGAACCUUUUCUGUAUUGUGACACUGACUUUUGAAACAAAUGCAGCAGGGGCUUUCCUUCCACAAGCAGAACUACAAAGUAUCCGACUUUAUCCUCUCACCAAUGGCUUACAUGUCUUUGUGGUAGCAGCUGAAGCUAUCUACUUCCUCUUCAUAGUCUAUUAUAUGGGCAUUCAGGGCAGGCUCAUGAAGAGUCAGAAAUGGAGCUACUUCCGAAGUAAAUGGAACCUACUAGAAUUAGCCAUCAUCCUUAUCAGCUGGAGUGCUUUGUCAGUGUUCCUGAAGAGGACUAUCCUGGGAGCCCGAGAUGUCAAGUACUACUUGACUCACAAGAACAAGACUGUUGGUUUUGGAGAAACAGCCAGUGCAGAUGCAGUUCUAGGUUAUUUGAUUGCAGUCCUGGUACUCCUGUCAACUGUGAAAUUGUGGCAUCUGCUCAGGCUGAACCCCAAGCUAAAUGUCCUCACUUCCACCCUGCGCAGAGCCUGGGGAGACAUCUCUGGAUUCAUCAUUGUGAUUGCUAUCAUGUUCCUCGCCUACUCAAUAGCAACAAACUUGAUAUUUGGCUGGAAGCUUCAUUCCUACAAAACCCUUUUUGAUGCAGCAGAAACAAUGGUCAGCCUGCAGCUAGGGAUCUUCAACUAUGAAGAGGUCUUGGAUUCUAACCCUGUGUUGGGCUCGCUCUUGAUUGGUUCCUGCAUCAUCUUUAUGACAUUUGUGGUGCUAAAUCUGUUUAUUUCUGUCAUCCUUGUUGCCUUUAGUGAGGAACAAAAAUAUCACCAGCCUUCUGAAGAGGAAGAGAUUGUUGAUUUGCUCUUGAUGAAACUCUUCAGUUUCCUUGGCAUUAAGUGCAAAAAGAAUGAGGAUGUCAUGACUUCUGAUACCAGCCAGCCUUGGACUGACCAGGCAGAAGACAAGUUCGAAAAUUUACAGACAAACAUGAAUGGAUAUCAACUGAAAAUGGUAUUGGAACGGUGGGAAUCAGCAAUUUUGCACAGAAAAGGAUCUGAAGCAGAGGUUGUCAAUGUCACACAGCUACUGAAGCAGGAUUCUAACCCAAAUCUCUCUACGACCAAGUUCAGAAAAAAUUUUAGAUGGGUUUUUUGCAUGCCACUCUUGGAAGCACUGGGAGAUGUAGUUUACUGUAGUCUUCCAGAAGUUGGAACAAAAUUGAACAAACAAGAUGAAUUUGGAGCUUUGGAAAGUGUGAAAGCUGCCAGUGAACUCUAUUCUCCACUAACAGGAGAAGUAACUGAAAUUAAUGUAGCUCUUGCAGAAGACCCAGGACUUGUCAACAAAUCUUGUUAUGAAGAUGGUUGGCUGAUCAAGAUGACUCUGAGCAAUCCUUCAGAACUCGAUGAACUGAUGAGUGAAGAUGCAUAUGAGAGAUACAUAAAAUCUAUUGAGGAUUGAAUGUGAAUCCCCAAGUAAAUUAGCAUAAGAACACAGUCCCACAUAGUUUUGACCUAAAUUAGUGGUGUAUGGAAGGUUAGCAACUUUAACACUUCUGGAACAACACCAUGGCAUGGAAAAAAAAUAUUAACUCCUCAGAAAUGACUGGAUAAAAAUACUAUUUGCACCUUUUGCACAACUUCUUAGUAAUGAUUUUAAAUUAGUGUCUGUCUAGUUCUGAAUUCAUUGCAUCAUGUGUGGUAAAAGUGAAUUCUGAGAUCAUGUACUUCAAAGCUAGACUUAUCUGUAAAAAGCCUUAAAUCAAUAAUGUUGUAUGGCCACUCAAAUCCAUCCAUCACCACAAGUUUUGUUCAAAAUACAUUUGGUUUUCUGUCCAUGGGAAUAAUUUACUGAGACUGGUUAGGUGGCUCUUGACAAAUGGAGAGCAAGUCUAUCUUAGUUUUUGAAUGAACUGCUUGGCUGAAGCCAUUUUAUACAGAUGAGGCUUCAACUUUGCAGCAGGUUAGGUAUUGGAAUUUAAUAAACUUUUAAAAAACCCUGA